AUGUGGGGGCCCGGGGUCAGCGCCGAGGGCCUGCCGGUGGCGCCGCCGCUGCUGCUGCUCCUGCUGCUGGCGCUGGCGGCGCCCUCGCGGGGCGGCGGGGGCUGCGCGGAGCUGGCGUGCGGCGAGCGGGAGCGCUGCUGCGACGCGGCCAACGCCACGGCCGUGCGCUGCUGCAAGCUGCCGCUGCACGCCUUCCUCGACAACGUGGGCUGGUUCGUCCGCAAGCUCUCGGGGCUGCUCAUCCUGCUCGUGCUCUUCGCCAUCGGCUACUUCCUGCAGCGCAUCAUCUGCCCCAGCCCGCGCAGGUACCCGCGCGCCCAGGCGCGGCCGGGGCCGCCGGGGGCCGCGGGGCCGCCCGACCGCGGCGACGACGACGACGACUCGCCCGCGCUCCUGCGCGACGAGGCGGCCGCGGGCUCCCAGGACUCGCUGCUGGACAGCGGCGGCGGCGGCGGCGGCGGCGGCCGGGCCCGGGGGGGCGGGCGCGCGGCCCCCGCCUGCGCCUCGGAGCACGAGCUGCGCGUGGUCCCGCCGGGCUUCCUGCAGCUGCCCAGCUACGAGGAGGUCAAGUACCUGCCCACCUACGAGGAGUCCAUGCGGCUGCAGCAGCUCAGCCCCGGGGAGGUCGUGCUGCCCGUGUCGGUGCUCGCGGAGCCCGACGGCGCCCAGGGCCGCUUCCCGCGCAUCUGAGCGCCCGCGGCCGCCCGAGGACCGCGCGGACUGAGCGGGGCCCCGGGGGGGGGGGGGGCAGGACGGCCUCGGACCCCCCCGGUUGGAGCCCCGGGAUCUUCAAGUUUCCCUACGUUUCAUUCGGUUCAAGGAAACGUGAGGCGCGCGCGCGGCGGGGGCGACGGCCCAGCUGGGGCGCCCCUCGGCCCGAGCCCCCUCGUAAGUGCCUGGUCCCCGAACGGGCGAGCACACGGGCGCCGUGUAGCGCGGCGGGAGAAGGGCUGUGACCUUAGGGAUGCGGGGAAAGGGGCG